UUCUAACGCGGACGAUUUUGAUCUGCUACUCCCUCAAACCUUCAUUUUGCAUCACAAGAGAAAAUGGGAGCAGUAACCUAAUUCUGAAAUCCAUGCUGGUAGGCUUCUAACAUACUUUCAAAUAUGCUUUCCUGGUCCUCAUUAAUCCUGAUCUAGCCUCCGAGUUUCCUUUCGCAUAAGGUGUAGCCGCCAGGACCCCAAAGCUGAGUUGGUAGCCGGAGCUUCCAUCACCGAUUGCCGCCAAGUUCGAUUCGUUUCUAUAGGCAGAGAUUAAAUUAUAUCUGUAUUGAACUAUAUUUGCAUCAAAUGAAAUUGAUAUGUUGAAUGUUGAAUGAAAUUAUUGAGCACAUGGUUUUAUGAAUUUUUUUGGGAGUGCUAAGAUAAUAUUGUUGUUUAUCCAGCCACUCGAUCUUAUUUUCAUUGCAGAUCCAUACCCGCUGUGUUUUUUUGUGGUACUCAAUUACAAGUAUUUAAUAAACAUUAAAGUUUCAUUUUCAGAAUUUUCAUAUAAUACUAUUUUGAUUAGCAAAGCUUUGCAACAAGUAUUCAGGGGAGGUGUAGAAAUUUGUAUUAAGUAUUACUCGUAAGACUUAUUUUCAAACAUUAAGAAGUGGAUAUCUAUAUUGGUAACAAAACUAAAACAACUAAGCAUAUGCAGUUAUUAUAUGUAAUUGGGAAACUGAGUAUUAAUCAGUUAUGAAAAGCUAUAAUCAAUGGUUUGUUUUAUGUCUCCUAUUAUUUUCAGUUAGAACGGUGCAGAUAGAACUUGGAUGAAAUUGCCUAGAAUCCAUCCUAAGUAUAAGGAUGGAGUGAAUGAAUUUCUUAAUUUAGCAUUUACAAGAGCGGCGGUUGAUGGUUGUAUAAACUGUCCAUGUAAGAAAUGUGUUUUUCGCGACUUGCAUAAUUGGGAAAAUGUUCAUAGUCAUUUGAUCUGCCAUGGUUUUGUUGAAGGCUACACUUUAUGGAAUUUCCAUGGAGAAGGUUUGCCUUCAAUGGAAAUAGAACAGAGUAUGGACUGUGAUAGCAAUGAUGAGGGCUUAAAUGACAUUGAUGAUAUAGAUAUGUUAUUGAAUGACACUUUUGGAAAUCUCGGAGAAGGAGAAGAGCAAAAUGCGGGAGCUAAUAAUUUUUUUAAGUUGAUGGAAGAGGGUAAGAAGGAAUUGUACCCAGGUUGCAAGAAUUUUUCAAAGCUCUCUUUCACUAUUCGUUUGUAUCUUUUCAAAUGUAUAAAUCGAGUGAGUAAUGUAGCAUUUUCAGAUUUAUUAGAACUUCUACAAGAGGUAAUGCCGGAGGCAAACCUUCCAAAAUCUUAUUAUGAAGCCAAAAAAACUAUCAAUAGUUUGGGUUUGGGUUACAAAAAGAUACAUGCUUGCCCAAAGGACUGCAUACUUUAUAGGAAAGAAUAUGAGAAUGCUGAAUCAUGUCAUGUUUGUGGUACUUCUAGAUGGAAAGAGUAUGACCAGAAGGAGAUAAAUGAGGGAAAUAGGAGUAAAAUUCCUGCAAAAGUAUUGAGACAUUUCCCUUUACAACCUAGGCUUCAAAGGAUCCUUAUGUGUUCUGAAACAGCAGAAGAAAUGACUUGGCAUGAAAGAAAGCGUAAGAAUGAUGGAAAUCUGAGACAUCCGGCUGAUGGUCAAUGUUGGAAAGAUUUUGAUUCUAUGUUUGCAGACUUUGCUAAAGAUCCACGUAAUGUAAGACUGGGUUUGGCAAGUGACGGAUUCAGUCCAUUUGGUACAAUGAGUGUUUCUCACAGUACAUGGCCAGUGGUACUUAUUAACUACAAUUUGCCACCUUGGAUGUGUCUUAAACCAGAAUACCUCAUUCUAUCAUUACUCAUACCAGGGCCUAAUUAUCCAGGAAUGGAUAUUGAUGUUUAUCUACAACCGUUAAUCGACGAGUUGAAGGAAUUGUGGCAAUAUGGAGUUGAAACAUAUGACGCAUUUAGUAAACGAUACUUCAAUAUGCGUGCUGCUUUAUUAUGGACAGUCAACGAUUUUCCCGCUUAUGCUAUGCUAUCUGGUUGGAGUACACAAGGGAGACUUGCAUGCCCUUGUUGCCAUUAUGACACAUGCUCCCAAUAUUACUAUGUUCCAAACAAUAUAUAAUUUUUGCUAACUGUUUCAUCUUAAAUUAUGUGAUUUACAGAUGAAAGAGACACAAGGUCCUAAAUCAAAUGCUCUCCUUACAGAGUAUGAGAAACAAAGGUUGUCCAGGAUUGAAAGUAAUCUACGCAUAAUGAAGGGAAAGGGAGUUGAUAAUGUAUUGAUACCUUUCAAUAUGUUAAAACAAAGAAAUGAUGCAUCAACACUUGGUAAGGAAAAAAUUGCACAUCUGGAAGAUGUGGAUGAAGACUACUUCUCUUAUAAUCAAGAUUUUGUGUCUAAUCCUUACAAGGAAAUGAAAAGGAAUGAUUCCUCUUUGAGAAGUGGCACAAUGAAUCACAAUGAGAGGGAAGUUCCAAAAAGAAAGUGCAGGGAUCACUCCACUAAAAAAAAAGGUUACUGUGCAAGAGGAUGAUGUGGUUGAGAUUGAUAUGGAUGUAUCAAAGAUGGAUGUUGCCAGGAAGAAGGACCCAAUCAAUAAAAGUGGGAGGCCAGAUCGAGAAAGAAUAAAUGAUUGUUCUAAAAAAAGAAGAGGAUGGAACCUCUGAUGUCAAGCCAGCCUAUGUCUACUUUUGUGGAAAAAACAAAUAUGGUUAUUGACGAUUUUGAAGAUGUGCAACUCAGCCGCAAGAGACAUGUGAAUGUGGUAAAUUACAGUAGUGUAAAUUAAUAUUGCAUGAAAUAUAUAUCUUUCAAAUUGUUAUUCUUUUUUUAAAGGCUACAAAAGAAGUCCACUCUAGUACAAACUGGGCAAUGAUAGAAAAUGAAAAUGAAGUUGAUCCAAUUCAAAGUGGAGAUGAUGAGAGUACUACAAAAGAUACAAGCCUAAAAAAGAAGCAUAGGGGGAAGACAAUGUUACACAAGGUCCAUAUACGAAAACCAGAUGAGCGCAAAGUCAUUACUCUCAAUGAGUAUAACCAACCAAUUGGACCGGAUGAGGCUACAUGCUCUGAGUUUUCUCAAUUUCUUGGAACCAUAGCUCAUAGUGCAUCACUAGCACCUCUGAACUAUGUCAGUUGGCCAAAAGUGCCAAACAAAGAGAGAAUGUGGCAAUAUGUUAACUCAAAGUACAUUAUUCCACCAGUAGGAAAAAAAUGGGUUAUAAGAUCAAUAAAUGAUAACUGGAGGACAUACAAAAGUCGUGUGAAGGAAGAACAUUUUGACAAAUAUGAAUCUAACUCAGAGAGAUGGAUUCAACGCCCAAAAGACGGUAUCACUGAAGAGCAGUUUAGAGAUCUUAUUCGUUUUUGGAACACUCCUCAAUCAAAGAACCGGUGCCUUCGAAAUAAGUGUAGUCGAUCAAAACAAACAGACAUGCCAACUACUGGACGUGUUUCAUUUGCGAGAUUGAAACACCAGUUGACAACUCAAAGUGAAAACAACAAGAUACCCACAGAAGUUCAAAUGUAUGAAGAGACACGUAAGAGAAAAGAUGGUCGAACCUACAAGACUUCAUUUGAUGAAACGAGUGUAAAACUUCAAGCAAUGAAAGAUAUUGAAUCUACACAAGGAAAUGAUGAGACCAAUUCUGAAGAUGCAUUUGCAAAAGUAAUGCCUAAGGAAUACAGUGGACGUGUUCGGCUAUAUGGAAGAGGUGUCACCAAUAAAGAUAUUGUGGAAAAGAAAGGUGAAAAAUCACACAGCAUCCCAAAUAAUGCAUUACAAACUUUGAGGGAAGAAAUGCAAAAGGAAAUGGAUGAAAAACUUGCAAUUGAAAGAGCAAAAAUGGCUGAAGAGUUUGAGGUUGAAAAAGCACGUAUGUCAGAAAAUGUACUAACAUUUGUGUUAAAACAGUUGCAAAGUACUAUUCCAGGAUUAAGCUUGGUUCCUCAAACAAUAUUAGCAUCUGCCAAUCUCAAGGAUGCAUCAAACUGAUUCCAGAAGAAGUUGACAUACAUGUGCAAGGAUGGAUAUAUAUAUAUAUAUAUAUAUAUAUAUAUAUAUAUAUAUAUAUAUAUAUAUAUCCAUACAUGUGCAAGGAUGGAUAUAUAUAUAUAUAUAUAGUGAUGUUAUUUUGCUGAACCACUUGGUAUUAGACUUUAACUGGACAAAGUGGUUUUUGUAAUACCUUGAUUUGUCUAAUAUCUUGUUUGGUCAAGAUUCGUUCUUUACUUUUCCCACCUUUGAAUAUUUUUUCUUCCUAUUAUUGUAAGAUUCUAUUGAUAUUGUAAUGAUAUUUGGUUUGUGAAGUAUAAUAGCACAUGUGUAAUUACUAUGU